GGAUAAGAUAAAAGAGAUCUCUGCCACUUUUCUUCUCCACCGGGAGACAGUUAACACGGCCGCAAAUAAACAAAAUUCUCUCAUCAACAUCAAAGAAUUUUAUCCUCAAGCAGUCUGAGAUCCAAAUCACAACCGAGAAAACUUGUCACCCAGUCGAAGAAAUAUGGCUCCAAAGAAAAGCAAUCCCCGCACCAAACCCCCAGCCCCUUCAAACACCACCGCCCCUCCAAACUGGCCUCCCUUCAAACCUCUUCUCCCAAGUAGCGAUAUCAGUCUAGAAACCGUCCUUCCGUCCCAGAUAGUGGUCGCCCGAAACUUCUGCACGGGCACUUUAUGUAAGAAUUACGUGUCAUUCUUAAAGACCCUGCCUUUGGUGACGACGCCUGGAAAACCGUUGAAGGGCGAGGCCUUGCGGGUGAAUGAUAGGUUUCAGAUGAUGGAUGAGGGCUUUGCUAGUCGUUUAUGGGUUGAGACGGGGUUGAGAGAGUUGGUUUGUGGACGUGAGGAUAGUGAGGAUGAGGAAGGGGUUGAUGGAAUGAGCAUGGAGGAGAGGAGGGAGUUGUGGUGAGUUUCAUGCUAAGGGCUUUGGACGAGAAACAAUCGAUGCUGAUUUUGGAAGGGGCGGAGAACCAAUCGGGUUGAAUCCUUCGAUUAGGAUAUACAGAUAUUCUAAGGGCCAAUAUUUCGAUUGUCACUGUAAGUCGCAGCUCCCUUAUGCACUACCCCACCAAGUCACUUAAACAGACGACGAAUCCAAUGUUCUUACUCUCGCCGCGAAACCAAACCCGACACCAGCCCGGACGACUUGGACUAUGCUCCUCUAUCUAAGUUCUCCAGCCACGGGCUGUGAAGGUGGCGAAACGGUAUUCUAUCCUGAUGAUUUACCCGGGAAGAAACAAGUUGUCCCAGAAAAAGAGAUUGUCAUUGGUCUUGAAACAGGAAUGAUGCUGUUACAUAAACAUGGGAAUGAGUGCAUGUUGGUAAGUUUAUAUCUUCUUGCAUGUUAUUUGGAGCACGUAAUCUUACUGAUGGAUUAAAGCAUGAGGGCAGAGAGGUCACUGAGGGUGAGAAAUGGGUUAUCAGGUCGGAUCUCUGUGUCAAGAGGGAAAAGUAGAGGAUGGCAGUUUGAGAGGUUCAAGAAUUGAUGAACAGUUUGUUUAACGUGAUACCUAACAUCCUGAGAAUAGC